CAAUACUACUCAGAGUCCAACUGUAACCUACCUUGUACAAUAAUAUUCGACACAACUCUAACACUGAAGGCCUGAUGACGUAGACAAAGGAGCAUAUUCUUCUAGCUCCAUAGGUUCUGAAUUCUGAGAAGUUUUUCCAGCAAUAGCAUGUUGUCUUUGUAGUUCUGAGCAGAUGGACAUUUCUCCUCUGUUUUCUUUAGGUUGGUGUGCCGUAUCUUUGUGAAAUUGUGAUGAUCCAGAGUUACUACAAUGUGGGGAGGUGGAGCUUUGCCAUAUGCUGGCGUUUUCCAGUUCUCUACAUUGUUUUUUUUUUUUUACUUUUUAGCUAAUUAUUAUGUUCCUGUUCUAACAUAAUUUUUUGUCCCCCUUUUUUAUGGAGAGCUCCUCAGUUUCUAGAGGUUGCCUCACGAUGAGGUUCCUAUCAUCCGUGGAUCUGCCUUGUCAUCCAUGGAUGGCCAUGAUUAUCCUCCCACUCCUACCCCUCUUGCCUCUCACCGCUGCCCGAACAUGGCCAUCCUGCGGCGAGAGCGGCACCUACAAAUCAAAUAGCACCUAUGAAGCCAACCUCAGGCUCCUCUCUUCCACCCUCCCGAAGAAAGCAGCAUCCAACACCACCCUCUUUGCCACCGACACCGUCGGCAAUGUUCCGAACACCAUCUUCGCCCUUGCUCUCUGCCGCGGGGACUCCAAUGCCUCUGCCUGCGAGGGAUGCUUGGUUACUGCCUUCCAGGACGGGCAGGAACACUGCACGGACAAUAAGGAUGCCACCGUGUACUACAAUAGCAAUCCCUGCAUGCUCAGGUUCUCCAACCAGAAUUUUCUUGCCACCACCGUCAAUGACAAUAUACUCGUCAUUGUGAGCCUCGAGAUGUUGAUGAACAACUCGACAAUACCGGCUGACUCCUUCAGCCGCUUGUUAUUCACACUUGUGAACGACACGGCUCAAUCGGCCGCGAACAACUCGAGGAGGUUCACCACCUCGCGCUUAGACGGCAGGUCGGCAGCUCCUUCCCGACGCUCUACUGCCUUAUGCAAUGCACGCCCGACCUGGCCGCUGACGACUGUGCGGCCUGUUUCCAGCCUUACUACCAGUUAACAGUCAAGUACAUGGACGGUAGGAAAGGUGGUUGAGUUUUGGGGACACGGUGUGCAAUCCUCAACCGUCUGGUGAGAAACAUAUUGACUUUUGGUCGAGUUUGAGAUGUGUUCGUCGCCUGAUCUGCUGCUCGCGUGACCGCCAAGCCGUCACGCGCGCUGCCUGCUGCUGCUCUACGUUGCCCCUCCAGCGAUCAGCCUGGCCGGCUGGCCACCUUGCCAUCCCCACAGAGGAAACUGUACUGAUCUGUCAAUCAAUCAAGGAGUGACAAGCAUUGUCCUGAACUCAUGGAGUUCCUUCG